GUCCUUCUUUUGCCCCAUCUUCUCUGCUCUCCUCUCCAUCCUUCGUCUAAUCACCGGAGUUAUUUCUCUGUUUCUCUAUUUUCUUCUCCCGCCUAAAGGGAGAUAGAUAGACAUUUUGUUUUGUCACCAUCAACGUUGUUCUUCAAAGACAUGGCCCCUCCUAACCUAAAUAUCCACAGGCUCUUGGCAUUCUUAGGAUUCAUUCCUAGAUUUGCAAUUGCCUCCCUAACCCUCUUUGUUUUUUCCCUUUCCCUUGACCAACAUAACUGUCCCUGACAUUACCUGUUCUAAAUAAGCUAUUUCUGUCACAAAAAAGCAAGCAACUUUGGUUAGUUUUAGUUGUUUCUAUUGUCACGUUGCUUCGUUUUUGGCAUUACCAAAUAUAGACCAUUGAAACGCAAUAGUUUCAGGUUACCUUGUUCUUUACCGUUACAUAUUUCAAAAUUUUUUUCUUGCUUUGGUUUUCUCUUCUGAUUAAUAUACCUGCAUUUUUGUU